GCAGACCGUUCUGACCGCUUCGAUUCACUCCUUUUCGCAGCGUCCAGAGGACCUUUUGACUUUCGCUUCUAUUAACUCACUUCAGUCGAUCAUUUCACACCAGAAUUGCAGGCCCAAUAUGCAGUCUUUCAUGAAAAUUGCCCUUGUUGGGCUUCUUGUGACAGCCACCGAUGCCCGCCGAUGCAAGCAUCGCCACUCUCACCACAGAUUCCCGACUGCAUUGCCGACAGACGCGUCGUUGACGGCGGUCAGUCCCGAGAGUCCCACCGUCGGCUUACCUUCUUCAUCUGCCGAUGCAGUUACACCUUCGGCGCCCGUGAUCACCACCACCGUCGUCGAGUCGCCUGCUCCCAGUGAGCCAGUUGCUGAGGAACCGACGCCUGUUCCUGAGCCCACUUCUGUACAGGAGUCUACGUCUGUUCAGGAGACCACCUCUGUCCAGCAGACCACCUCUGUCCAAGAGACCACGCCUAUUCAGGAACCCGCUCCCACUUCAUCGACGGCUGUCGCUGAGCCGUCCUCCACCUCCUCCGCCGCGGUCGAGCCCACUUCUGCCUCGGCGGUGGAGCCGGCCUCCACCCCCGUCAUCAACGCUCCUGCAUCGGCAGACAUGUGUGGCGAGAACCAGAAGACUUUACUCGACGAAUGGGGACUUCUGGUCUCCAACGGCCGCGUCGUCGAGUCGGCCGUGGAGGGCACAGUGUGCACAACCUACAACGACGUAGUGACGCUGGCCGAUGGACAGAUCGGUGUCAAGUUCACGGCCGAUGCUAACCUUGUUUUCGACGAAGCCACGAUGAACGACAAUAAGUUCUACUCCAACGUCGCCGUGACCAAAAAUGUCGACGAGAAGCUUGGCGACAUUGCGUCGAUCCCAUCUUCGUACACCUGGUCAAGGACUAACACAUCCGAUUUCAGAGGCAAUGUCUGUCUCGACCUGGUCUUGGCCCCUGAGGCCCAUGACUGGACAUCAGCCGCAACCAAGGAGUUCCAGAUGUGGUUACACUGGCAGGGCAACCAGCAGCCUCUCGCGUGGUAUAAUGGCACCAAGGCGACCUUCAACCUGUGGGGCCAAAGCUGGGACAUGUACCAGGGUGUCAACUACAACCUCGCUGGGGGUGAGGGUGUUGAGUUGACCACCAUCCUUCCGACAGCCGGGGAUCUAGGCGCAGCGGGCACCUGGUCUGGCGACCUCAAGGACUGGCUCGUGGAGAUGGUGAACCAGGGCAUUGUCACAAACGACUACUACGUCAACGUGGCCAAUGCCGGCACCGAGCAGUUCUAUGGUGACUCCAUUCUCGAGUCUACGGUUUCCAUGGAAAUCAACCUCAAUUAG